GUCUGAAUCACUGCCCCUCUUUUCCCCUACCCAAAACUUCAAUGUUAUGUCCCCUCCAUUUUCUCUCUCUCUCUCCAUAGGGUUUAUUUUGAAAAGUACGUAAUGUGUUACAUGUAUCCUAUAUAUAGAGCCCUUCAACAUAUGCAUUGAAAUAGUGAAACUUACAUUUAUAUUUCAUUAUUGGUUAUAUAUAGUAUUAAAAGUGUUGAUGGAACUCCUCGGACUUGCUCUCCCCAACCACAACCCUAUAAUCAUUCAAGACGUUGACUCGAACGUAUUAGAGACGGAAAAUCGCAGCCAAAAACGGGUGUUUCUCGAAGAUGGCGUCGGACUCGAGAGCACGACUUUGUCGUUGCUCGGCUGGCCGGAGGCGGAGGAUGGCCGCCCUCCGAAAUGGAGGAAACACCGCGUACUCGACGAUACCGACGACGAUUGUCAAGAAAUUGAGGGGUGGUCGCCGACCGACUCGUCGCUGUCCCACCGCCGCCGACGUGGGGCGACGGUGAAAAAGUCAAUGCAUGUGAAGGUUAAGAUGGAAGGCGUGGCCAUAGGGAGGAAAGUCGAUCUUAGGGAUUUCGAUUCCUAUCAUGCUUUAACAAACACAUUGAUCGAUAUGUUUGCUAAAUAUAGUAAAAUUGAGAGAAAUGAAGAAGAUUACAUUUUAUUGUACUUAGACAAAGAUGGAGAUUGGAUGCUAGUUGGAGAUGUGGAAUGGGAGGAGUUUGUUGAAUCUGUUCAGCGGGUCGAGAUACUGAAGAACAACAAUAAAAUGGGCUUUCGAUUAUUGUCACGUUAAACUCUAUAAAAUAGUUUAUAUAUCUCUUCGAAAACAUUCAAUCAAUGAAGAUCUACUCUGUUAGCAAAUAGUUUUAAAGUUCAAUCUUGAUCGUGCACUCUUUUCCCAAGUCAAAAAUAAAAUAGCUUAUAUUAGUGAAGUAUUAGUCGAAGAAAAUCGUAUUGAAGAAUUCCAUGGUGUGCAGAAGUGAGAUUUCUAUUAGUGGUGUUCUUGUAAAUUGUAAUUACUAUACAUUGCACCAAUCAAACCAUGAGGGUGUUCAUGCAA